GCCGCGGGAAUUGCGAGGGACAAGUGCGCCCCGACGGACCAGCAGCAGCGGGCGGUAAUCAAGGCGUUCGACAUGAACCGCAAGGCCAUAUACGAGUUCGGCUCGGCGGUGGAGGCGUCGGAUUUCAUAUCGGACUUCCUGGGGGUCGAGAACAUGACGUACCGUGGCCCGGAGGGCAACGGUGAAUUGUUCUCCCUCAAAGUGCUCCGCGACUGGGGCGUCAACGGUCGCAGAUUGUUCCUUGCGAUGGAGAAGGUCCGCCAGAAGCUAGACGCGCUUCUUCUGGGUCGCUUCCCAGCGGGGUCCAACGGGCUUGGAGGUGACGCGCGCGUGCUUCGCAGUGCAGAAAACCCAGGGCGCGUGGCUCGCCUCGCUGUGCUUGAAGGCAGUGGCGAUGUCAAUCUAGAUUUGCAGCAGACCUCCUUCGAUGAGUUUGGCAUCGGGGCAGAGGCGGCUGCGCCGCUGGGCGCCGACAUUGCG